UGGGCGGUGUUUACAGUCAUCUUCGUCGAUUCUCCCACUCGUUUUGCUUGCAGAGAUAGAGAGAUUUGAAAAAUCAAUGGCCGCUCUUUCUGCAAGAGCCCUCCUGCCUCAACCUUCUUCUCUCUCUAUAUUUCCUCCAUCUCGUCCAUUCAAUCAACGGCCUCAAACGAUCCUCACCAAGAGCACAAAGAGAUCUCGUCCGUUCAUCGCAGCUGCUUCUUCUUCCCCUCCUCUUCCUUCUCUUUCCGGCUUCAAUCAGAGCAUCGGCGACAUCCUUGCCGACGUCAGCAUCUUCUCCGCCUCGACAGGAGAACCCAUCGCGUUCAAGAAUCUCUGGGAUCAGAAUGAGGGCAUGGCAGUGGUUGCUCUUUUAAGGCAUUUUGGAUGCCCUUGCUGCUGGGAACUUGCUUCAACAUUGAAAGAAAUAAAACCAACAUUUGAUUCUGCUGGCGUGAAAUUAAUUGCAGUCGGUGUCGGCACUCCUGAUAAAGCUCGUAUUCUUGCCAAGCGGUUACCAUUUCCAUCAGAUUGUCUUUAUGCAGACCCAGAGCGCAAGGCAUAUGAUGUUUUGGGCUUAUAUUAUGGAUUGGGCCGCACAUUCUUCAACCCUGCCAGUGCCAAGGUGUUUUCAAGGUUUGAAUCACUGCAGAGAGCUGUGAAGAACUAUACCAUUUCAGCCACUCCAGAUGAUAGGAGCAGCGUCUUGCAACAGGGAGGGAUGCUUGUCUUCAAAGGGAAAAAGCUGUUGUAUGCAAGGAAAGACGAAGGGACAGGCGAUCAUGCUCCUUUAGAUGAUAUUCUUGCCGUCUGCUGCAACACCCCAGUCACAUGAUGUUUGAAUGGAAGAAAUACCAAAAUCGGGUUAAUGGAAUUAGAUCCAGAAAUAGAUCAAAGGAUACAUGCGUUUUAGAAUGAUAGUAUGGAAUAGAAGCUAAUAUUAUGUAUGACAUGUAUCGACUAUUUUUAUAUAUGUAUUCCUGUCUAUAGUAUAAUGUGCAACAAUUUGUAGUAAUUGAUUACCAAAGAAAGAAUAAAACAUUCAUUUUUAAAA